AUGGGCAGACGUCGUUGGACGGCAGUGGCAUUACUCCUCCACAUGAAUGGUGCUAAUUUAAAGUAUUACGAUCUUACGGCUCUCAACGAUCCUAGAUAUGAUGAACUGCCGAUCUCUAUUCGAUAUUUGCUGGAAGCAGCAGUUCGUCACUGCGACGGCUUCCACGUCUCGGAAUCCGACGUAGAAACCAUCUUGAACUGGAAGCGUAGCCAAGAGGCCCAUUCUGAGAUUCCUUUCAAACCCGCUCGUGUAAUCCUCCAAGACUUUACUGGUGUUCCGGCUAUUGUUGAUUUGGCAGCCAUGAGGGAUGCUGUGCAAAGUCUCGGGGCUGAUCCGUCUCGUAUCAACCCUGUUUGUCCAGUGGAUCUCGUCAUCGACCACUCAGUCCAAGUGGACCACUAUGGAGACAAAAACGCUCUCGAAAGGAACCAACAAAUUGAGUUUGAGAGAAAUAAGGAACGUUUCAACUUUUUGAAAUGGGGGUCAACUGCCUUCGAAAACCUCCGCAUUGUCCCACCAGGCGUGGGGAUUGUUCAUCAGGUCAAUCUCGAGUAUUUAUCCAGAACGGUAUUCGUCAAUGAGGCUGGCAUUCUCUACCCGGAUUCUGUCGUCGGAACGGACUCGCAUACAACAAUGAUUGAUGGGAGUGGUGUUCUAGGUUGGGGAGUGGGAGGCAUAGAAGCCGAAGCCGUCAUGCUCGGUCAGCCUAUCUCCAUGGUCAUUCCUGAGGUUAUCGGCUACGAACUUGUCGGACGGUUGGCUGACACUGUAACUAGCACCGAUUUGGUAUUGACUAUCACGGAGAGUCUCCGUGCAACUGGGGUUGUUGGAAAGUUUGUGGAGUUUUUCGGGGAAGGAGUUGCAUGGCUUUCCAUAGCUGAUCGUGCCACCAUCGCCAACAUGUGUCCAGAAUACGGAGCCACUGUUGGUUUUUUUCCCGUCGACAAAAGAACUCUUCAGUAUCUCAAGCAGACUGGUCGUGAUGAAGACUAUUGUCUACGAGUGGAAUGUUACUUGAAAGCCAACAAAAUGUUUGUUGACUAUGAAGAUUCUACAAUUAGGCCUGCAUACACAAAAGUUUUGACUCUUGAUAUGAGUACGAUUGUACCUUCCGUGGCCGGUCCUAAGCGACCGCACGAUCGCAUUCCUCUGCCCAUGCUGCAUGAAGAUUUCAACACUAAUCUUACUGCUAAGCCUUCUUUUAAGGGGUUUGCUUUGAAAACCGAAGAAGUGACGAGACACGCUUUUAUGAGCAAGGAUGGCAAAGAAGGGGAUCUCACUCACGGUUCGGUCGUUAUCGCUGCUAUAACUUCAUGCACAAAUACCAGUAAUCCUAGCGUGAUGCUAGCUGCUGGCUUAGUGGCCAAAAAGGCCGUCGAACUUGGAUUGUCCACACAACCCUUCGCUAAAACGUCACUUUCCCCAGGAUCGAAAGUUGCCGCAAAGUACCUCGAAGCAUCAGGUCUUCUUCCUUAUCUGGAGAAGCUUGGCUUUCACAUUGCUGGAUACGGAUGCAUGACUUGCAUUGGAAAUUCUGGUCCUCUCGAUGAGGAGGUCUCCAAAGUUAUUGAAAAGGAAAAUCUUGUUGUUGCUGGCGUACUAUCUGGGAAUCGCAACUUCGAGGGUAGGAUUCAUCCUCUUGUACGCGCAAAUUAUCUUGCUAGUCCUCCUCUAGCUGUGGCAUAUUCGAUUAUUGGAAAUGUUAAUAAGGACAUUAGCGGAGUGAUCGCAAAAUCAGCUGAUGGCAAGGAUGUAUAUUUUAAAGACAUCUGGCCAACCAGGCAGGAGAUUGCUAAGCUUGAGGAAGAAUUUGUCAAGCCACAGUUCUUCAACGAGGUGUACGCCAACAUUGGAAGAGGUUCAGAUCAGUGGCAACAGCUCCAGUGUCCAUCAGCCAAGCUAUAUCCGUGGGAUCAGGACAGCACGUACAUCAAGAAGGUCCCCUUCUUUGACUUCAUGACCCUUGACCUUCCAAAGCGGUCCGCUAUUUCGAACGCUUAUGUCCUGUUGCAUCUUGGUGACUCAGUCACAACUGACCACAUCUCACCUGCCGGAUCUAUUGCCAAGAACUCACCGGCAGCUCGGUAUCUUGCUAUCCGGGGCUGUUCUCCUAGGGAUUUUAAUACAUAUGGAGCCCGACGAGGAAAUGAUGAAAUCAUGGCGAGAGGAACAUUUGCAAACAUUCGACUUGCAAAUAAGCUUGCGUCAAAAGUAGGUCCACGAACGGUGCACAUUCCUUCUGGUGAGGAAAUGGAUGUUUAUGAUGCCGCUAUCAAGUAUGCCGCAGAGGGUCAUCCUGUUAUCAUCAUUGCGGGUAAAGAGUAUGGUUCUGGCUCCUCAAGAGAUUGGGCUGCAAAGGGACCCUAUUUGCUGGGUGUAAAAGCUGUUAUUGCCGAAUCAUUCGAACGCAUCCAUCGUUCAAACCUGAUUGGUAUGGGCAUUGUUCCUCUUCAGUUCAAAAAGGGAGAAAAUGCUGAGACCUUGAACUUAACGGGAAGAGAGCAGUACAGCAUUGAUCUUCCUGAUUUUCCGAAGACUGGACAACUACUCAAGGUCACCGUUUCUGACGGAAGAAGUUUUGAGGUUAUUUGCCGCUUCGACACCGAUGUUGAACUCACAUACUAUCGUAAUGGCGGAAUACUCCAGUACGUCAUCAGGCAGCUCAUUCAGUAAUUAACAAGAAGAACUGUGCCUGCAGUCGAAAACCAGUCACUCAUGUUGAUGCUUUUAUAUCUUUCAAACGUGCUCCAUAGUAAUGUGAUAUCCAUUGCUCAGUGAUCACUAAACUUAAAUGAAAAGUUUCAGCACUCAAUAUUUAAGAGUUUCUAAUUUGUGAUAAAGACGUCUGCUACUAGUUUUGAGAUAUUCCUAUAUUAUUCAUCUCGGGUUUGCAUUAUACUCUAAACCGAAUCGAAUAAAUAUUCGAGUAUU